AUGCAGCGGAGUGUUGGCGGUUCAUCGCCGAUUAACGCGCCAGGGGACCGCAGCACGCCUUCUGCGCUAGGGCAAGGGCUUCAGCCCCCUCCCCCUCCUGAGGGUGCAUUAUCCGUAUCGGACCGCGUGGCAGCUGCGGCAACGGCAGCAGCAGCAGCGGCUGCAGCAACGGCAGCAGCCCGUGCAGAAGCAACGGCUGCGACAGCCAGGCGCUACCUACAGCCUUGGGUACUUGUUGACAAGUACAGCAAAUGGAGACAUUUAGAUCAAGAGGAGCUGAAAUCCUGGCAAGCAAAGGGCGAAGCCAUCUUUCGGGAGCACUUGCUGCCUUAUGUCCCUUCAGAUGUAUCCCCGGCAGUCGCAGCUGUUGAGGCGGAUGCAGCAGCAACCACAUCGGCUGCUGCAGCUACAGGCGCUGCAGCAGCAGGAUCGGCUGCAGCAGCAACAGCAGCAGGCAGCGGGAGCACCCCUGCCUCUGGCCGUGCCGCCGCCAGCACGAGCGCGGCGGCCGCAGCGGCAGCAGCAGCAGGGACGAAUCGCUUUAGUGCUUUAUUUGGAGGUUCUGUUGCUCCUCAUCUUUCUGCUGCAGCUCUAAGUCACCAUCCAUGGACAGCCGAGCAAGUCAGAGAUGUGCUGCGAGUAGAGAUAUGGUCAGGAGUUCCUGAUGCAUUCAAAUGCUGCGUAUUGAUUCAUUCAAAUGACGCAGUACAGCAACAGCGGCUGCAUCCUACGUUGUACAGGCAGGUGCAGCUGGAGUCGUUUGGGCCGCCUCCUUUUCCGGGUUCUGUGCCCGGCAGGUGUCCCACGUUUAGUGGGGGUUUACUGGGGCUGGAGGAGGACGUCUGUGGUGUACAGACAACUCUUAAUCAACUUGAGCUUGAUGGAGACGCGCCAUUGGCCACCUGGAGAUCUGCUCCAGAUGAUUUCGGCCCAGCAACUGCAACCAGCGCCUCACGCCCAGCACGCGUUCGACUCCCGCAUCCGUAUUUCCCUGGCAUUAUGUCCCCUGGUGGCAAAGGUGCAAGGAGCCCCGGGAAGAACCCGCUGGGGCAGCGGCUGAAACCGGAAUUCAACUUCUGGCCAGACACGAGUCGAAGGGCAGAAGAAGCGGAAGAAGAAGCACAGCAGCAGGAAGAAGACAAGGGGGGUCGCAGCGGCAAACAAGAGCAGCAAAAGAAGCAACGGCAGCAUCGUCAUUCCCACCCCGAGCAGGAACAGCAGCAGCAGCUGGGUUGCGGGAGGGGUCGAGGUUCAUGUCAAAGAGAGAAUUCUAUUGAUGAGCUUCUGGCAUACAUCGGGCCCAACAACAAACGUGCCGAUGUGCUUCCUUCGGGUGGGUCAACAGGAAAGGCAGUAGAAAGCGGAGGGCCCGUCAUGAGGGCUGCCCGCAGGUGGCCGCGCAGAAGCAGCAACAACAACCAGGCGGGCAAGGAGCUCCAAAAUCGGCAGCCUCUUCGCGGCGGAGAAUCUGGCGGGCCUGAUGGAGGAGGAGGAAAGAAGGGUUCACCAAGUGGCGGCGAGGGCCGACGAGAUUGUGCUGAGUCUGAAGGGCUGAAACCACAGAGCCCAGCGGAUGCUGCAGGCGUUUCCGCUGGUAUCGAAGGGGCAUCGGGCGGAGGGGGGCCUCUGGGUAGUGGAGGAGGCGGAGGGGGGCCUUUAGGCCGGUCUCCUACUGCUGAAGCAGAAGUAGCUUUGGAUUUGUUUGGGCGGCGAGAGGUAGACGAGCUGGUGGAGUUCUCUUCUUACAUGCGGCACCGACACCUGAAGGCGAAGCGGCAGGCGGUGCAGAUGAGGGAGGCGACGGAGCGAUCAAGGGAUCGCGUUGCAUUUGAAGCUGCAGCAGCAGCAGUGAUGGCUGUGGCGCGUGAGAUCGACAACGAACAGGACAAAUGGUUGCUGCGGCGUUAUUACACUGCAACUUCCUUUGACCUCGCGGCCAAAGGCCUCUGGGCCCAAGGCAAAGGCAAGCGCAGAGGUGCCUCCGAGUCACAGCUCCUACUCGCUUUUGACAAAGGCACAGCAGCAGCAGCGCAUGGAACCGCCGCCGCCACACCCGCAUCCACCAGACAAACGGGCCCCACCAAGUCGUUUGUCAGCUUUCUCAGACGCAAAGCUGCUAGAGACACGCAGCAGCUUCCUCACUCCCCUCUCCAGUUCUGCAAACCACGGCGCCUCAAUGACCCCGCAGGAGGCCAGCAAGGCGGAAAUACCCAGCGAGGGCCAGGGCUACACCCCAGCCCUGCCGCUGCACCGUCAGGGGGCUCCCAAGGGGGGGCCGCAUCCGCAUCAGGAGCAUUCCCUGGCUCACCUGAUGCUACUGUUGCUGUGAGUCCGGGAAAGGCUGCUGUUGGGACCCCCAGCUCCGGUCGUGGGAACGCGGCGUUGUUGGCACCAGCUCGCUUGUCCCCCAACUCUGGGGGUCUGUGGAGCAAACUGUCGAAUGUCAAAAACAAAAUCAAGACCAAGGGCACUGCAAGUACCACCACCAGCAGCAACACCAACAACAAAGGCAACGCCUCCGUUGUCAACUGGCUUCAGCAGGCAGCACGCAGCAACAGCGACACUUGGGGAGGCCCUCCUACGGGGAAGAACCCACAAGGGGGUGGUGCCUGGGGCCCGCUUGAGGGAGCCUUGGGGGGGCCUCUAGGUGUCUCGGCAGCGCGAUUCUCCUUCGCUGCUGGGGAGUCCCCUGUAUUUUCGCGGCAGCCUGUGCGCCGUCGGAGUUUUCUAUCUCGGAUACUGCCGGGUGUGGGCUUGUGCAGAAGGGGGAAGAGAGAGGAGCAGGAGUUGAAGCGUAUUGACUUCUUACGGAAUGCAAUGAGGGCAGGAGACGAUCCCUUUGAGACGAACAAACUCGCUGCUGCUGCAGCGAGCGCAGCUGUCCGAGAUAUCCGCAGACGCAGCAGCAGUAGCACACUUAGCGAGGACCUCAUUGAAUCCGCUAAGGGAGCGGCAACUGCUGCGGCCGCAGCGGCUGCUGCGGACUUCCCUCCGCUUAGAGGUGGCAGCCUUCACGCUCUUCCAGAAGACGACACGAAUGAAGGCCUUCUCCCUGAGAGCCAAUGGUCUGUCGAGCAGCGGCAGCAGCAGCUUACGCUGCAGGAGGCGCAACCGAUGCAGGCCGGUUCUCAUUUCUUGUUCCCGAAUACAACCAUGCACGGGACAGAUGCAGCAGCAGGAGGUGGUGGAGAAGGGAUUCCCUACCUGCGCUACAGGAGCGCCACGAUGCCAGACCCUCAGCCCAAGUCUUCAGUGCUCCUUUUGCCUCCCCUACCACCGAAUAGCGUUGACUUUUACGAACAGCAGCAGCAGCAACAUCUCCAGCGGGAGACAGCGGAAAGUUCGCCCAGCAAUUCCCCUACACAGAAGUCUAGAAGUUGGGAAGAACAAAUAGAAAAGGCAGACGGGUACCUCCUGCUCAGUGUUCCACAGGCUUAG